GAACUUGUAUUCAAGCAUUUCCGUUCUUCUGGACACGGCUCCUUGGAGCUCACUUGUGUUCAUGCUUUUGUAUCUCUGGAGCAGAGAGUUUCUAAAUGCUAACAUUACUCAUGGUGGUUAUGAAACGAACCAUGUGGUUGCCACGUCGCUUCUAGAUAUGUACGCGAAGUGUGGGUCUUUAAGCUGUGCAGAGAAGAUCUUCUUGAGGAUUAGCCGUCACUCUGUGAUCUCGUACACAUCUAUGAUCAUGGCAAAGGCAAAGCACGGACUUGGAGAAGCCGCGCUUCAGCUUUUCGACGAGAUGGUUGCGAAGAGAAUGAGGCCUAACUAUGUAACGUUACUCGCCGUGUUACACGCUUGUAGCCAUUCGGGUUUAGUCGCUGAAGGACUAGGGUACGUGAACUCAAUGGUUGAGAAGUACGGUGUGGUUCCUGAUCCGAGGCAUUACACUUGUGUUGUUGACAUGCUUGGAAGAUUUGGCCGUGUUGAUGAGGCUUACGAAUUGGCGAAAACUAUAGAAGUUGGAGCAGAGCAAGGUGCGCUCUUGUGGGGAGCUCUUCUCUCAGCUGGUAGGUUGCAUGGAAGAGUUGAUAUUGUUUGCCACGCUAGCAAACGGUUAAUAGAAUCGAAUCAACAAGUGACGAGUGCGUAUGUUGCAUUAUCCAAUGCCUAUGCUGUAGCUGGAGGGUGGGAAGAUUCAGAGUCUCUUCGUUUAGAGAUGAGACGUGGCGGAAAUGUGAAAGAGCGAGCUUGUAGCUGGAUUGAGAUUAAGGAUUCGGUUUAUGCUUUUCACGCUGGGGAUUUGUCGUGUGAUGAGAGUGGUGAGAUUGUGAGGUUUAUGAAGGAUCUGGAGAAGAGAAUGAAGGAGAGAGGACACAGGGGAAGUAGUAGUAUGAUGACAAGUUCAUCGGUUUUUGUUGAUGUUGAUGAAGAAGCUAAAGAGGAAAUUGUGAGUUUGCAUUGUGAGAGAUUGGCUUUAGCCUUUGGAUUGAUACAUUUGCCUGAAGGAUCGACGAUUAGGAUUAUGAACAACUUGAGGAUGUGCAGAGAUUGUCAUGAGGCUUUCAAGCUGAUCAGUGGGAUUGUGGAGAGGGAAAUUGUUGUUAGAGAUGUGAAUAGGUUUCAUUGCUUUUAAGGAUGGAUCUUGUACUUGCCGUGAUUUUUGGUGAAUUUCUUUAACAUUUCUUUAACUUUUUUGUUCUUUACCCACAUGACCGUGCAGAUUUUCUUCAAUACUAAAAUAUUUUAGGUUA